AUGAACAAACAUUAUGGCUGUGCAAACUCAGUUUGGUUUUAAAAUGGACUGGAAUGCCCAAGCCCUCUGGCUUCUGGCAGACUGCUAAUAUGGGUCUCUGUCCUAAAGUUUCCUAUAUUGUUGGAGAAAGGAAUGCCAGGAAAAUUCACCUCUGCUAGACAAUAUCGUCAAGAAUCUCCCAGCUCCAGGCAAUGGAAACCAUAGAAAUGGAGAACAAAGGUAAACAUUGGGUGGAGAAGUUAUUUUCUCCUCAUUUUAGUGCACAAGAUUUUUUUAGUCAAGCCUAUCAGCCUGAAUCUCUGAUGUUUGAAAAAUUGGCUUUAGCGAGAGCAAAGAGAGUGGAAGAAAUCUACAAUAGAGCAAUUAAAAAUUUUCAAGAAGAAAAAAGGCUCAAAAAGAGAGAAUAUUUUUCCAAACUCAUUGUACGAGAAUAUGAACCAAACAUAGUAGGUGCAAAGAUAAACAUUUCAAAGAAGGAAACAGAAGAGGAUUCUGCCUGCUGUGGAGCUGGUAAUUUAGAUGUUGGGACUGAAGAAAGCUUAAAGAAAACAGAGGGUCAUUGUAUCUGGAAUGCAAAGGAAUUAGCAGAUUUGCGACAAGAAAUGCACAAGAACCAUGUGGAAGGAGUUUCUCUGAAACUUCAGCUGUCCACUUUGAAUGCAGAGUUAGUGGAACUGAAAGCUAAAUGCAAAAAAAUACAAGUGGACUUUGAAAAUGCUGAACAAGAACUUCUAAACUGCAAAACAGAGGUUCGCUGCAAAAAUAUCCAAUUACAGCAGAUUCAAAAGGACAGCUUAAAAAAAGAUUUUGAGCUUCAAGCCUUAAAACAACAUUUACAUGAAAAAUCAGCAAACAUAAGAAGCUUAAAUGAAGAGCUGCUUCAGGCAAGAAAAGAAAUUCAGAGUUUGGAUCUAAAGAACAAGGAUUUACAACAAGAAGUUAAGAAGUUAAAACAGCAACAUGAUCUUGGAAAUAAGGCCUGCAUAGAAAAGGUGAAACUGCAUUAUGAUUUAAAAAUAAGAAACAUACAAAAAGAACUGGAGGAUGUUAGAAGUGAGCUGAGUGAUGAAAAACUUUUGCAUGCUAAGAAUGUUAAGGCUUUAGAAAUACUUAGGAAACAUUUUUCAGCCCAACCAUUAUCUAAUAUAUUUGACAAUCUGAGAGUAGAUUUUCUUUAAAAUAAAACAAGGAGAGAAAAUCCUUGCUAGUUGCACUCAAAAAGCCCUAGUAACUAUAUUUUCAGUUUUACUUGACUUUCUACUUUUCAAAUGCUUCUUGGUUUAAUGUUGAACUUUUAUUGUUAAGUUUUAAGGCAGUCACGUGUGACAUUAAAACACUAUCUAGUUUUAAAAUAGCUUUGUUCAGAGUUUUGUUUGAGUGAAAUUGUACCUUGAUUCUUUGACAAGAGCGUCCCUGUGAGUCUUCAUGCCACUGACAUCCAUUAUACCCUUCCUGCAGUAAUAUGCAUCUCCUUUCUCCUGGAGAACUGCUUUGUAGAGAGGAAACACUAGUUUGUAUUGAGAUCAAUCAUGGCUUUGAUACUUAAUUUGAAUGUCGGGUUCUAUAUCCCUCACUCUUUAGAUGUAUGAAUUGACAAAUGCCGAAUAAACAAAUUCUGACAUGUUCCAGUCAUCUUAAAUGCUACAAUGUCCUGACUUGUAGCUCUGAUUUUCUUUCUGUUUGGUCUGCCUGUGAUAGUUCAUGUCUGUACGGGUGUAUCCAUUGCCACAGUACCAAUCCUUUAGUUUAGACAAUAUCACGUGCAGGUCCUUUGAUUACCCAGCAGGGUGUACUGUCUACACAGCUCUGAAGCAUAAUUCCACUAGACCCUUUAAAAUCUGCUGUACCCAGAUUUUACUUUCUUACAGUUUGCUAAAAAUCAUGUUGCUGUUACUAUAGCAUUUGGUUUGCAGUUUAUAUUGUUGCUCAUAACUGUUGUAACAACGUUUGUUCUCUUUAAAAUCUCUUGGAAAUUCAUGUUAAAAUUAUGUGUUGAUUUUUGGAGAAGGUUGUAAAGCUAUACCUUAAUUUGAAAUAAUAUUACUGCUAAAUGUUUAAUUAUUAAAUAGUGCACCUGCAUGUGAGAGGAGCUAGUGAAUUUUUUCUAAACAGUCUGUGUGUUACAACUACGGUCUUUCUCUGCUGAUAGUAUGAAUGAUUUAUUUAAUAAAGUAUUAUUAAUAAAUUGAUGAUUGAUGUAUGUGUUAUACACAGUCACUUAAAUUUUAAUUUUAAUUUUGGCUCAAAAGGAUUCCUCUCAAAAGCUGAAAAAACUAAAUUCCAGAAACUAUCCUGAGAGCAGAAGUGUAGAAAUCUAGAAUGGUGUAGGAUAAUUCCUAUAGUUUCUUUCCUCUUCAUUGUAACAUUUUUCUUGAAUUUUAAUUGGGUAAAUAAAUGAAUCAUGCAGUUCUAUUCACUCCAAAUGAUGAAAUGACUAUUAACUAAUUGUUGCCUUAUGUGUUUUUAGAAUGUCAAAUAUUGGGGUACUGCUACAUCUAAAAUCUAAUUUAUUAUAGCAUUUUACCUGUUUUGGCUAGGAGUUUCUAUAAAUCUAUCACCUAAAUAUAUUUACUCUCCCUGAAAAGUCUCAUGCUUUGUCUGGUUAUAAAUGUAACUUAUAUCAGUCAAGCAAGUGGUAUGUAAUUUGAACUGAGCUCAUUUAAACCUUCAACCAAGCAAUAAGUAUUACUUGUUUAUAUGUUAUAACACCCAAAAAGUUAGAACAUAAGAACGGCCAUACUGGGUCAGACCAAA